AAACAACUCGCCGGGUCACAAAAUGAGCGGUUUCACCUCUUCGUUUGUUGCAAGUUUCGUGCGGCCAGAAGUACGCCCCGAGUCCUACGCUUCCACGAAGGCGUACGAAAGUUUGCAUCUAGUGAGGCACCCCAAACCGAAAGUAGCCAAGCCUCAGACCAAACAGAAAAGGAGACUAUCCCGGAGAGAUAUCAAAGAACUGGGGCUUUAUGCGAUACCACACGACUCAGUCCGAUAUGAAGAUGCAGUUCCUCUGCACAGGUUGUGGUGUGGAUACAUUUCCAGAUUCCUGCAACACCGCACGCCGGAAGUAACGGAGUCCCAGUACAACCCGCUGGUCGCCAGUCUUUUAAAGGCGGAUUAUCACGGAGCCAAAAUCACGGUCGUUCGGUCGAAGCAAUCCAGCGUAGUCGGUAUGAAAGGGAUCGUCGUCCUGGAUACGAAGGGAACGUUCAAAGUUGUCUCCAAGGACAACAGAGUGCGAACAAUUCCCAAAAACGAUUCCGUCUUUGAAAUACAUUCCAAGGACAAGACCGUCACGGUGUUCGGCAAAUAUUUGAACGCACGCCCGGCGGAGCGGUCUGUGCGGAAAAUAAAAGUGUUCUCCAUCCCCGAUUUGUAGCAUGUAUAAUAAUUGUUCCAGAAGUAAUAAAACAAUU